AUGGGAAAUGCCGUCGAGAAAGGCGUGGAGCAAGAUGACUUAGUCAUGCCGCUGAUUGACUUCGGUGCAUUUCUUCAUGGCGACUCGACAGUCAAGAAGGCCGUUGCCGAGCAAAUCGCGAAUGCUUUCAAAUCGUCCGGAUUUUUGUACCUGGAGAACCACGACAUUCCCCAGAAACAGGUCUCGCUGGCCUUUUCAGAAUCUGCUCAAUUCUUUGAACGUUCGCAAACUCAGAAAAACGAAUUGCAAUGGACCACGCCAGACUCGAAUCGUGGCUACGUUGCCUGGGGUCGCGAGAAGGUCACUCAGUCUGCUGACCCCGAAGAAAUUGCUCGACUUCGCGCGUCAAAUCCAGAUUUGAAGGAGUCCAUGGAAAUCGGUCGUGAGGGUGUUCCUGGACUGCCAAACCAAUGGCCUUCACGUUUCGACGAAGAAGGCAAGACAUUCGAGACAGACAUGCAGCAUUUCUUCCUCACACUCAAGGACCUUCACAUCCAAGUCAUGCGCGCGAUCGCUCUCGGAAUGGGCAUGGACGAAUCUUUCUUCGACAGCUAUACCAGUGCCGGAGACAACACGCUCCGCCUUCUGCAUUACCCAUCUGUCAAGAAGAGCCUCUGGAGAAAGAAUCCAAGCCAAGUCCGCGCUGGAGAGCACUCUGACUAUGGUUCAAUCACUCUACUGUUCCAGGAUGAUAUCGGCGGACUGGAGGUCAAAUCUCCCAAGGGAACAUGGGUCCGUGCCAGACCGAUUCCAGGUACUAUCGUCGUCAACGCCGGCGAUCUGCUUCAGAGAUGGAGUAACGACAUCAUUAAGAGCACUAAACAUCGUGUCAUCCAACCACCACCGAAAGAGACGGAACAAGACGAGGAUGAGGACGCCAUGGUACCGGCUAGAUAUAGUAUAGCUUACUUCUGCAAUCCAAACUUCGAUCGCUUCAUCGAAGCCUUGCCGGGUACGUGGGAGGACUCGGGAAAGAAAUACGAGGGGAUCAAUAGCGGAGAUUAUCUGGUCAUGAGGUUGGCAGCGACAUAUUGA